UUGUCAUUGUCAAUUUGUAAUGAACUUGACGAAGAAAAUUUACAUAUUUUAUCAAUUGUUUCACGUGAUUUCAAUAAUUUAACUUCAGAUAAUAACAUUUGGAGUCAAUUGGCUUUGAGACGAUGGGAACAUAAACAGGGAAUAAAAGAAAUAUGCGAAGAGAAUCGUAUAUUUUGGUUUAAAAAGCCUGGUACUUGGAAAAUCGUUUAUAAUAUCGUUGAGAGAGAAGCACAGCGAACUUUAUUGGAUGUGAAUGACUUGGUUGAAAAUAGUUGGAUUUGUACGGUAAGUCAAUUAAGCCAACUCAACGAAACAAUUAAAUUGUAUGCACGUCAAAAAAAAGCUAUGCCUAAUCAGAAUUAUUUAAAGAAUAUUGAUAAUCGCUUGGCAAGAAAUCAAUUAGUAACAUUCUCUCCAGACGGCACCUACACCCAUAAUCAUGAAGUUUUUAGUCGGUCUUGGCCUUUUCCGUGGUCCAUUGCCGGCGAUGGAUCUGUAAGUUUGAACCACCAACCUUUCACACCGUCUAGAUCUCCUGAUUGGAAAUUGAUAAUCUCCAAUGGCAUAUUGGCUUUUACUUCACCCGGUAACGGAAGUUUUAGAAGAAAAUUAAAGGAAUUCAAUUCCGAAUUGAUAACUGAAUUCAGACAGGAUCAUUUAAGAUAA